AUGGUUGGUACAGUGUCAGUUUCCGUCGUCGCAUACUGUCAGAUGACUCCGACGUCCGCUAUCCAAUGCUCAACGUCAUCCGAUUCCGACUCAACAUCUUUUGCCUCCGAUUCCGAUCCGUCCUCAGACAACAAUGCCGCUCCUGAAGAUUGGACCAUUUCAGAAGAUCACCAACUCCGCGGCAUGAAACAGGACGAGCGCAGGCCAUCGUGGGAGGCCAUCGCCAAGACACUAGGUCGACCAACCAAGCAAACCAAGCAGCGAUGGAAGACCAUCAAGCAUCGGAAGCACCACGACGCUGAUGCUGAUCCCGCCUCGGACACAGAGUCGAACGUGGUUCCAAACGUCCAUGGCCUAGGAUACAUUCCCGACGUAGAGACUCGUCGACAGACGCACUAUCUCCAUCGUCAUAUCUACGCAGGUCUAUACCCGGCCAGGUCUACGUUCCAGCAGCAACAGACUGAUAGUGAAAGCGGGAGGGACAAUACGAAUAACAAUGAUGAAUGCGGGGACAAGGACAAGGACAGGGACGAGGAGGAUGAGAUUCUCGUCGUUCUUGAACGCAAGCACGAUAGCACAAAAUGGCUCGAGAUCCAGGCCGGACUGUACAAUGCCACGGGGAGAAUGGUACCGCUGGAUGUGAUUCGCUCCAGAUGUCGGCGUGAAGUAGAGUAG